GCGUCCCCCCGAGAUCAAAAUUGAGUUACAAAUAUGGCUGCUCUUUUCCGUUCAUGUUACCAAUGUUUCUUAUCACGAACUAUAUAAAUUGACUAGAGAAUAGAGAUGGCUGGGAAGCAUUCACAAUCCAUUCACAAAGCAAUUGAAAGAAGAAAGAACCCUUUGAUAGGGAAUAACUGAAGAUGGCUACGUCUUCCAAAUUUCCUCUCUACCUCGCUGCGUUGCUGCUUCUAUCUGGGUUUGCGGUGUCAAUUGUGGCGGACGUGACGCCACCAGCUUGCAAAAGGGAUGUGGAUUGCCUUUGGUAUUGCGAGCGGAUCCAUCAGGGACUUGCUCUUUGCGACGACAAAACUGGCUUUUGCAUUUGCCUGCCCAGAGGCGACGGCCCAACUCCUCAUCAGCAUCAUGCUCAUGCUCAUGAUCGUGCUCGUGCUGCACAUAAUAAUCAACGACGUUCAUGAGAAAAACUCCCUCGUCAUAUUCAUAUAUGAAAUAAUAGAUACACUCAUGAAUCCAUAUGGUUAGCUAGCAACGAAAUUUGAUUAGUUGGUGAUUACUUAUUAGUGUUAUUGGAGGGAACUUUGCUCUUAUUACUGUUCAGCCGGUACCAUUGAAAUUGUUUUCUAGAUGAUCAUCUAUCCGAUGAACUUAAUUAAUGGAUGAAUACACA